UAGUUCAAGCCUUUUUUAUAUUUUCAAUAAUAAAAAAAAACUCCAUUGUAUAGAUGUGUGUAUAUACAUGACAAUAAUAAAAGGACAAUAUAGCGUAUACAUAUACCUACUGUUUAUGAACAGAUAAUACAUAAUACAACGUUUCAAUUUAUUUAAAAAUACAUAUAAAUACACAUAAUUAAGAUGAGCAGAAAAGAAGCAUUACAACAAUUCAUCCAUCAAAUUCAUGGAAGACCGGUCGUUGUUAAAUUAAACAGCGGAGUAGAUUACAGAGGAGUAUUGGCUUGUCUUGACGGAUACAUGAAUAUUGCUCUCGAACAAACUGAAGAGUACGUCAAUGGACAAUUGAAAGAUAAAUAUGGAGAUGCAUUCAUCAGAGGAAAUAAUGUUCUUUAUAUCAGCACACAAAGACGUCGAACCUAAUUAUGUUGUUACAAAAUACAUUCUAUUAUAAAAGUAAAUUAAUCGCUUUUUCAUAAUAAAAGAAAAAAAAAUUUUUUUUAUAA